AUGCCGUGCGUCCUUUCAGCAUUGAGCCUUCAGGUCAAGCUUUGCAAUAGUAGUCUGUCUAAUAGCCUCCAGCUGACCCUUCUUUCGACGAAGCGCAUCACGAGUAGGGACGGAAGAGCGUGUGAAUGUGGCAAAUACAGGAAACAACCCGCCGGCGGAACAAAAUGCAUUCUGCCAGCUGCUUGCACGCCACCGCGAGCAUUGUCUAUUGUCCCCUUCGGGGUGACAUACGAAAAAAUUGGAACGAUACAGAGAAGAUUAGCAUGGCCCCUGCACAAGGAUGACACGCUUACCCAGAGUGGCAGCUCUACGGAGCUCAAUAUUUAUGCUCUUUCGAACAACGAUUUAUUUUUGAUGUCAUGUUUGCCUCGACCUUUGCCUCGACCGUAG